GACCUUGACUUGGUCCAAAGUUUACUCUGCUUGCCAUUUUCAACUGGCCGUUGGGAGAGUGAAGGAUUGUGCAUUACAGCUGGGUGGAAUGGCAACAUCUUUUGUUAACUCCAGCGCCUCGGAACCUGAACCCAUGGUAUCCCAGGACUACCAAGACUUCAAGUCUCUGGACGAGGCAGACGAAGGCGGGAAGCCCCUUGGGAGAGCGCCCCACUCUGCGUGGCAACGCAUCUGCCCCACGAACCGCCUCCUCCUCCUCCUGAUGGGCCUCUGCAUUGUACUCAGCAUCCUGGUCCUUACGCUGGGCAUCAAGGGGGCCCAGCUUGGCACAGAUCAGCAGCAGACGUGGGAAUCCCUCAGAAGCUUUAACAAGACCAUCUCUGUGGGCCUCACCAGCGUCCGGCGCAAGAGGAACAGCACUGGGUCGAAACUGGCCACGCUGGAGCAAACCUUGAGCCGUGAGAGCAACGAGACAGAAAGAGUCAAGAUACGGCUGGAAAGCUUGCUGCAGAUCCUGGAACAGGACUCGAACACGCUGCGCUGUCAGGUGGUGGAGGUGAAAAGCAACGGGAGUAAGUCCGGCUGCUGCCCCAAGGGCUGGGUGGUCAAUCAGAAGAGUUGCUACUGGAUGUCCCAUUCACAGCGGUCGUGGCCGGAGGCCAAACGCGACUGUGAAGGCAAAGAUUCCCACCUGGUCAUCAUCAAUUCACCCGACGAGAGACAAUUUGUGAAUGAACGCCGGAGGUCAGCUUUCAUGUGGAUCGGCCUGACUGAUUCCAGCGGGAGCUGGAAGUGGGUGGAUGGGACAGGCUACACCGUACAGGCAGAGGACUGGGGCGAAGGUCAGCCUGACCACUGGUACGGCCACGGGCUCGGGGGAGGGGAGGACUGCGUCCACACUUUUCCUGACGGUCUCUGGAAUGACAACCACUGUUCUCGCUCCUUCGCCUGGAUGUGUGAGCAGGAGCUCAGGGUUUAGAGGACAGCAAACCCUGAAUUCUGCAGGGAAAUCCCGCACCAAGAGAGCCAAGUGGUUAGGGAGACUGAGCUCUGGAAUUGCCAUCAUUAAUUUUCAGCGUCAGUCUAUUUCAUACCAGAGCUUUCCCUGUGGUUUGCCUGGUUUUUUUUUUUCUGGAGCUAAAUUGUUUGGAUAUUUAAAAUGCAGAAUCUGGUUGUAGUGUCAAGCCCAUCACAUGUGGAAAGUCAAGGAGCAACUGAGAAUUCUCAGAGCUCCUCUUCUUUUAGAUUUUCUUCUUUUCUUGUUGCUUCUAGCUUAAUUUCGCGUGUUCUUUGCUACAAUUUUCAUGGUUAUUUAAUUUUACUUUUCAUUGUUUUUAUAAUGCUAUUUUGAAACUAUGCCAGUACAAGUAAAAUAAAAUAGAGAUGGUUUUACUUGGAAG